AUGACUGAAAGGGCAGCUGAUAGUCAGUUGAGUAGAAAUUUACAUCCUUUGGAUUUACUUAAUUUUGCAUUCAAUGGACAUCUUUUAUGUUGGAAAGUAUCGAAAGGGAAAGAACGAGAUCUUGACCAGGAAAGACCAAAGCAAAAAAAGGAAGAAGGAAAAACGAGCGCGACACAAACACGAUAUCCUGACGGAAUUAAUUCAAUUUGA